UACGACGAACGCUGUGGAGAACAAUCACUCAAUACCUGAUUUCUUUGUCAGCCUGAAAAGCAGCGAGGAAAAACUUGAAUUUCGUCUGGAAAACAUAUCUAAUCGGAACCAAGCCACUGAAAACAUCGUAGUUACGGCUAAAUAAGCAAAAUAAACGAGCAAUCUACGAGUGAAACCAAUUUCUGUCUGUGGACAGAACGCCCCCGUACCUAUUUUCGUGCUGAGUUACAAGCGAAGCAGCGACGCCACAAGUCAGAAAUUUGCAAACCGGUUUUCGGCGCAGAAACACAAUCACUCGACGGUCCAAGAGUCAAGCGGAGAACAGUGAAAAAACAUUCAUUAUAAGGAUCAAUUUAUAAAAGCAAAGCCGCAGCAAUCAUGAACACUGGAAUCUCCUUAAACGAGCGCUUCACGCAGAUGCAGUCGAAGCAGCCGAAGCAGACGCCACAGGGACGUGGUCGCAGCCGCUCCAGGAGCAGGAGUCGCCGCAUUGUGAACAGCGGAGCCGGAAAUCAAGGAAUGUCCGCGGUCAACUCCCGGCUGCUGAAGGAAUUCAAGCGGCUCCACACCGUUCAGACGGCCCUCAAACUGAAGCGCAGAAGCUUACGGACCACCGCCGUCAGCGGACGCGGACAACGCGUCGCCGGCGUCAAGUCGCUGCGACUGGCGCCCAACGGGAAGCCCAUACGGUCCAACAACGUGACCAGGGUAGCAACGAUGCGUGCCGAUCUAGUGGCAAGCGGCAAUGCCGCACGCAAUCGCCGCAGCGGCAGCAGCAUGCGCAAUGUCCCCGCCACCAACGGAGGUGGAGGCGGACUUCGGCAGCGGCUAGGAGAGCGCCGCCCUUCUGUGGGCGGUGCCGCCGAGCGCGUUGAGCGUCGUCAGCGACAGCAGCAGCAAGCCCCAAGAGGACGUUCCCGCUCUCGGUCCCGUUCGCGCCACCCGCAAACACAGCGUGUGGACAGGGCACGUUCCCAAAGCCGUGGACGCAGCAUUGGGCGUUCCCAGAGCCGCAAUCGCGAUCGCUCCGCCCAGGGCCGUGUUCCAGUGAAACAGCGGCUUUCGGUCAAGCAUCGCCUUGGCGUGCGAACCGGCCAGAGAAACAACCAAGCCAAGAUCCCGCCGCAGCGCCGGGCACCAAGCCAAAUUCGAGGUGUGGCAGGUGGACGGGUCGAGAAGCGUCGUAGUGCUCAGAUUUCCCAAAAGAAGGGAGUUUCCGCCUCGAUUGCCGGACGUCAAGGACGACUACGUAGAAGAUCUGUUGCAAGAAACGCUGCUUCUAGCGGUGGGGCAGUUAACAAUCCUGCUCCUGCUCGACGCUCACGCUCGCGCAAUCGUGCUGCCGCCGUCGCUGCUGCCGCUAUCGCCGCUACUGCUCAGGGCCGGGCUAAUCCUCGCCAGAGACGCGGACGCAGUGCAGGCGCUGCAAGGGGCAACAUCAUCAGAAAUGGUAAAAUCGACAAAAACGCGAAGGUUAAGGCAACGAACGGUGGCAAAAAUGGCCCGCAACAACAGGUUCGCCGGGGACGCAGUCGUAGUCGUAAGCCAACAGGCAAACCACAGCGCCCUGAGGUGAAACGCGAGGAUCUUGACAUGGAGCUGGAUCAGUACAUGUCCACCACAAAGUCGGAGAUGGACUACUUGCUGAAGUAAGCACAAGUAGAUUGGACCACAAACUAUUGAAUUAAGAACAAUUGAAUGAACAGAAUGUAACAACCACCGGCUAAAGUCAGAUGUUUCUCUCGUUGCACUAAGUUACCGCCUAGUUCUAAAAUAUUUCUAAGUUUUAAACCAUGUUAAAAGCGUCCAAAAAGAGCGCUUAGGCAUAGAGACGUUCUAGUGUAUAUAUGGCAAGUUCUAAUAUAAGUAAAUAUGGUCGAGUUUUGUAUAGUUCAUGAAUGAUGUUGUUAAUCGCAUUUCCGAAAUACAAACUAUUCAUUGCUCAACUCAA